UCGCGAGUCUGAUAAAAAUUUUGUAAUAAACAUUUUUGUACCUAAUUUAAUUAUCUACAACUUUUAUAUAUAUAAAUUUUAAUUAACAAUUUACCACGAUUACGAAAACCUUAAAACAUUUGCAAAACUUCAGAACAUUCGGUUUUGUAGUUUCAAAAUUAAAUACCUGCAAUUUUUAUAUAUGUAUUCCUAAUACACAUAUAAAAUUUGGCUACGAUCGGGAGACCUAUCUUUUCGUACUGUAGGGGUCAUGAAACGUCGAGAAAACAUAAAAGGCAGCUUACGCUCAGGAAGUAAAAAAUUAUUAUGGAUUUCGACCGAUUGAUUGCAUCCGGAGAGGACAGCAAACUCAGGUGUUCCUUCUGCCAGAAGUACCUGUCGCACUUCCCCGUCGCACUAUGCAGCAACAACCAAAAUAUCUGCAAGCGCUGCAAACUUCCCAAAGGACUAUUGUCUUACCAAAAUGAAGCCUACCAGACCGUGUGUCAGUACCUGAAAUUUCCGUGCACCUACAAACCGCAAGGAUGCAUCCAACUACUACUACCAGCAGACGUUCCUACCCACGAGGGCACCUGCCCUUUUCGUGUAAUCAAAUGCUUCCUGAAAGAUUGCAACUGGAAAGGAUGUGUUCCAUCCCUAAUACCCCACUAUGAAAACAUCCACUUCGAGAAAUUUCUCGUGAAGAACGAAUUCACGAUAAACAUGAAAAGCACGAUGUCAGACUACCGCAGCUUUUUGAUGAAGUACCACGGCAAGAUACUAGUUUUCAUGUGGCGAUUUGACACAGGCACAAAAAAGUUGGAGUUUUCUAUCCACUACAACCAGUACCACCAUUCUACCGAUACCCACGUCUGUCAGUUGAGGAUCGGAACCGAGCAUACCACCAUGGUGCACGAAUUCCGUAGUACCAGUUUCCAAAGAAUGCACCUCAUAGAGUUGGAUCUUAGCUCCUUUGAAAGUGCAUGCAUUGAUGGCAAUGUGGUUUGUAGAUUUAUCAUCAAGGACGAUUACGACGACCGAUUCCUCUCUGACGGAAAGCAAGAUACCUUUUUGGAGUUCUUGAAGUGCAGCAAUUGUCUUAAAUACGUCCAGCCUCCAGUGAUUCGGAGCGGAAAAACACUAAAGGUCCAUUGCCCCACCUGUAGAUCAUCAAUACCCCAAAAAGAGGCUGGCGAAUCCCCCAAAGUCUUCAGGGACUUCUGCUUGGAUACAAUCGCUUUCAUAGUCUCCUAUCCCUGCCAGUACACCUCCAACCACUGUUCCUUCAAAGGCCCGAUCGUUGAAUUAAAAAUCCACGAAAAAGCUUGCCCCUAUCAGACCACCAAAUGCCCCAUUUUGGCUCACCACGUGUCCUGCGUCUGGAAGGGCGCCAAAAAAGACCUCUACAAUCACAUCAUGGCGGAUCACCACCAACUGAUCCAUGACAUGGACGACGUGCUGAAACUAUCGCCGAAAAACAGUGAAGGGGAGUUCAAAAUCAUCAAAUUCUGCGAGCGUUUGUUCAGACUGGCGUACUGUGUAGGCACUGAUAAGAUUUAUAAAUGGUCGGUUCAGACGGUUCUGAACGAUGGGCAGGUCUUUAAGUUCGAGAUUGAUGUGAUUGAUACCACGAAUAAGGGGCAGAUUUUGGCCAUGAGCAGGGUCUGUUCGCCCGCGGUGCCAGAAGAGGAGAUCUUCACGAAUCCAAAAACUUAUUGCUUUGCCUACGCGGAUCAGGUUGAGUCGCUUGCAGAACUCGAAGAGAAGGAUCCGCUUGUGAGUUUCAAGGUUAAAAUGUUUUUGUAAAGUGAGUUUAUUUUUUUUGUCAGUUGCGUAUAUAAAGUUGCAUAAAUGGGAGUUGGUGUGGUGUGAUUCGGGGUUUUUAUGGAGUUUAGGUUAUGUAUGUUGUUUAAUUUGUUUAGUUUAAAAGAGGCUGUUAAUUGGAUUGUCUGCGUAUUUUUAUUACAAUGUAUUGUUUACAAAUGGAUUCUUUUGUUUAUUUUUUGAGUCCA